AUGCUCGAGGACUCAGUGGUGACUCGGAGGAUGAUCCCGCAGAACUUCACCACCUCUGACGGCGAGACGCACGAGAUUCUGGUCCUCGAGGGCUUCGUCCCAGAAACCGAGAUCAAACGCCGAGCUGACUUUAACGUCGACACCUGGCACAAGGACAGAGACAACCAGGACCGUUGCCUGGCCAGUUCGUUCAACGACGACACAGGCCCUCAUGCGCCCACCACGGGCCGCUACAUUGCCGUCAUGGAGUGGGCGGCAAGUAACUCCGGGUACUUCCUGACGACGUGGGUCAAUCACGUCGGCGGCAAGUGGCCGAGCCUGGUGUCGAGCGAGAAGUCGGGCACCACGGCUUGCCACUUCCGCGUCAACCACUCGGCCAACUCGGGAUACGUCGGCAACACGGACAUCCGCGACAUCGUACGCGACGCUCUGGCCAAGUUCAGGCGCCAGACUGGCGGAGCGGAGCGGCUGCGCGCCUAUGGCACCGCUGGGUGCGAGGGCACCCUUGUGAACGACGGGCGUAUGGCUAUGCGCUGGAGGAUCGACUGA